CGUGUAUAUACGAAAGACCAUAAGGUAUCUGUCUAGGUAUGAGAACCGGUUCUACAGGUCCGACGUUUCAAUGAGAGGACUUUGAUUGCCAAGAGCAACCUUAAUCCGGUCUCUUCAGAGGAAAAGGGAAAAAAGAAAAAAAGAAAAGAAGAAGAAAAAGAAGAAGAAAACCCCUCACAAUAGCAAGAGACAGGCUAUGCUAGGUAGCUUGAGAGUCACUGGUUAAUCAACCCUGAAAUUCAUUCCAUAUAAUGACCCAUACCUUCCCCUCUCUUUCCCUUCUUUCUUCUUUCCGGUGGUUCAAGGCGCCUUCUAUCCGACCUAUCUAACGAAGAAGAGAGGCGGAAGAUCAACUCCCAAAGUCCAACUCGGAUCCUCUCAUACGUGACGUCACGUCCCUCAACUGAGAUCAAUAAUUACUCCAAGACAAAGUACUCGGGCUUACGCUUACAGUCUCCUCAAGAAUCAUGUGGGAGGUUGUGUGGACCGACCCGGACAAGAAGUCCAGAAGACAACAUCGCGAAAGAAAAAAGGACCAGCAAAAUCGGAGGCACAGGAGUAAGACGAUCCAGGACUCCCCUUCGAGUCGCACUCCAGAUCAGUCGGUCGACCGCUCUCAGGGCUCUCCCGGCUCAUCCACCCAAGGUUCAGUGGUCUCACAAUGGACCGACAGCUCGGUCGUCAAGCCAGUGUCACCAUGCAGCACCUCGAUGGCCGAGUCAAUAACAACAAGGGCACUGGGACCUCUCCAAUCAGACGCACCGAUCAACCUGUUUCCGAAGCAGCCGUCGCACUCACAUCGGAGCCGACUGGAUUGCGUUCCGUCCUGGGAUUCCGUCUUCAAGCCCAACAACCAUGAAGCAUGGAAGCCACUUGACACCUCCUCGCAUUCUGGUCGGUUACCUGCUGUUCGAGCUUCGGCGUCCGAAAGAAUGACACCUGAGUCCAAGGAGGCUGAGAACGACAUGGGGAAGCCACCGGGCUUGAAUGAAUUGCAGCGAGAGAUCAAGCGCAUCACCACUGCAAACAACAAUGUCCACCUUCUCCGUCUCAAGGAGCUGUGGAGAGAGUCGAAAGCCGAGACUGCAUGUCAGGAGCUUGAGAUGGAAAAGACGAUAUGGAUGCUCUCCGCUCUAGACAACAUGGAUAGGCCAGUAAAUCCAAGUCCCGGUCCCUCCAGAGAUCCUUGCUCGCAAGAUACGUCUGGCCAGACUCGGAAGAUCCUAGCUCUAUUCGAAUCCCAUGCUUCGUACUUGGCCGCAGUCCAUUCCGACAGGACUGUUUGCCAUAUAUCGUCUGAUCCACUCCCGCACACACUCUUCUCAAACAUCCAUCCCGUGUUCGUACCGUCUGCGUCCAUGCCAACGCUCCCCGUGGCACCAGGACUCUUCGACGCAGCGUACUCCCUCACCCUCCCUUCGAUGGUGCCGGCCGCGGAGGUGCCCCGACUGCUGAGCAAAGUCCACGGCGCCCUGGCCGAAGGAGGCAGGUUUCACCUGACGCUGAUCGACCCGAUGCCUUCGGCAGCAGCCACACUGGGGCCGCUUCUCCGCGCCUGGCUCGAGAAGCACCUGCUGAUCAAGCUCGAACGCAACUUCCGAACUACGCUCCCGAGCAAGCUGUUCCCGUGCUGGCUUGCAGAUGCCAGUCUCCGUGCAGAGGGCAGCACCAUCACCACGACGAAGUUCCUUGCCGUACCGUUGGCGAAGUCCGAGGGCGUGGCGGCGGCAUACCGCAGGGAAGAGGCCGCGGGAAAGCUUAUCAAGCAAGAGUUGCGGAGUUUCGUGGGUCGAAUGCUAUGGGUGGAAGUUUGGGGACGCCUCGUAACUGCCGAUGACAUGUGGUGGGAGGACGAACUGAUUGUUCGAGAAUGCUACGCCAUGCGAACGGCAUGGGAUUACAGCAUUAUUGAGGCGGUGAAGCACACGUCGCCGUGUUGAGGUUGUACGGGGUAGUGAACAAAAAGAAAAAAAAUUCUAACCAGGACCUUGACUGACUGACUGCGUCCAAGGUCGUCAGAACUAAGUUGGCUUGUAUUCACCUGAUAGUUGAUGAUCGAGUCGCAUGGGGCGCGGAUGACAAAUCGACAUCAGAGGCAGCUGGCCCUCGAACUUGAGUACCUACA